AUGCAAGCUAAUAUUUGCUAUGACACUUUGGCUUGGGUUCUCUUUGACGUAGUAGAAUACCAUUUCCUUACCUUGCUCUGUCAUGGUUUGAUAAGUUGCUCUGGCUGGAUUUUUUUGUGGAGCAACGCUAGCGCCUUCAUUCACAAAUCUGCACCACACAUUCCGAAGGUUCACAUCCCCGAGAAACCUGUAUUGGAGUUUGCCACUAGUCUUAGGAAUGAGAUCAACCGUGCCUUUGUAGUUCUGACGGAAAUUGUAGCUGGAAGGGAUCUAAAGAUGUUCCUUAUGGAUAAGGGAGCAUUUAACAAAUCUUGGAUGCUGCACGAAGUUGUUGAUAUGCCAAAUUAUAUAUCAUCAUAUGUCUCAAUGAUAUUAUCUAGGAUUGUAAGUGCUUACUGGAUCAUCGUAAUAGUUAUUGGGACAUGCGUUUUUGUGGUGCAUGGACUCGUAUACGAAGAUUGA